AUGAGCGCAAGCUUGGCACGUGGUAUGCUCCACAAAAUGGGUGGAUCUUGUUGUCCUCAUCAUGCACCAACUACGAAUCCAUUCAGAAUGGCAAAACUUCAUGGAAAUAAUAAAUCCACUGACUAUGCUUUCGAAAUGGUCUGCUCUACUCUUCGUUUUGGAAAAGGUGUCACUUUGGAGAUCGGAUACGACGUCCGCAAUCUCGGAGCGAAAAAGACACUGUUGAUUACUGAUAAGAAUGUGCAGAAUACUAUUGCAUUCAAAAAUGCCGAACAAGCUUUGAAAAUGGUGAACAUCGAAUACGAAAUAUUCGAUGACGUGCUCAUUGAACCAUCCGAGAAAAGUAUGCAAAAAGCAAUCGCUUUUGCCAAAUCGAAACCAUUCGACAGUUUCAUCGCAGUCGGUGGAGGUUCUGUGAUUGACACAACCAAGGCAGCAGCUCUCUACGCAUCAAAUCCAGAAGCCGAUUUCCUGGAUUUUGUCGGUCCCCCAUUUGGAAAAUCUCUCCAACCCAAAAAUCCGAUGCUACCUCUUAUCGCCGUACCAACCACCGCUGGAACUGGAUCCGAAACAACUGCAGCUGCCAUUAUGGACCUUCCGGAACACAAGUGUAAAACUGGAAUCCGAUUGAGAUGCAUCAAACCGUAUCUGGCAGUUGUGGAUCCAUUAAAUGUCAUGAGCAUGCCAAGAAAUGUGGCAAUCUAUUCUGGAUUCGAUGUUCUUUGUCAUGCUCUUGAGAGCUACACCGCUCUUCCAUAUGAUCAGCGAUCUCCACGACCAGCUCGUCCAGAAGUUCGUCCAGUUUAUCAAGGAUCUAAUCCGAUCAGUGAUGUCUGGAGUAGAGAAGCCUUGAGAAUCAUCGGACAAUAUUUCCGGCGUUCUGUGUUCGAUCCAUCGGACGAGGAAGCUCGUACAGAAAUGCUCAAAGCCAGCUCUUUCGCUGGAAUUGGGUUCGGGAACGCCGGGGUCCAUCUGUGUCAUGGACUCUCAUACCCAAUCAGUUCUCAAGCAAAAGGAUGUGUUGCUCACGAUUAUCCACAAGACAAGAAUCUUAUUCCACAUGGACUUUCUGUUAUGACAACUGCAGUCGCUGAUUUUGAGUUUACGACUGCCGCGUGUCCAGAUAGACAUUUAGUUGCUGCUCAGACUCUUGGAGCUGAUAUUCCGAACAACGCGGAUAACGAAUAUAUCUCUCGAACCCUGUGUGAUCAAUUGAGAGGAUUCAUGAAGGACUUCGGUGUUCCAAAUGGUUUGAAAGGAAUGGGAUUCGAGUAUUCAGAUAUUGACCAUCUCACCGAGGCAGCCAGUCACUCAGUUCCCAACAUUGUCAUUUCUCCAAAAUCCACAGAUCGUGACAUUAUUUCUAAACUUUAUGAAAAGUCCCUCACUGUAUAUUAG